AUGGCACAGUUUUUCCAGCCCGGCAUGGUAUCUCAAGCGGCAUUGACAGGCCAGUACUCAACUCUAUAUCAAGAACGGUUGUAUCUACUGAAUGCAUUAGCCGACGAUGAGAGCCAGGGCGAGCGACUAACAUAUGCAUUGGCCGGUCUGCAGGCUCAAUUGGAUCAGAAUGAAUCUGCGGAUCUGCCUUUGAGCUCGAAGAAGCUCAAACAACAGGUUAAGGCCGUCCGCAACAAGAUCGGUGCCUGCCAACAUCGGGAAAGAGCUCUUGCAUCAAACCUCACAUCCAUAACGGCUCAGAUGGAAGGAAUGAAGAGAUACCAGUGGUUGACUGCCCAGCAUGAGUACGCCAUGCAGAUUCACCAGGCUCAGCAGCAUGCUCACAGGGUCCUCAUGUCCCCAGCGCGGCCGGAUUUUGCAUUAAGGUCACCCGGCACGAUGGACCUUGCCACGCAGAUGCAAUUCAUGUCUCUCGGCCAGCCUGUCGGUCAGCAGUAUGCCAAUCGAGGGCCGUUAGGAUCAUAUUCUACAGUCGUAAACCAGCCACUGCUAUCAGCCCAGCUGGCUGUGCCGUUUCCUGAUUUUAUCCACCAUGGACAGCUCUACAUCAAUAUUCCACCUGUCCUGGGAGACUUGCAGGCAUGUGAACAACCAACGGAGCCUUGCCUUGAUUAUGUCGACUCGCCGAUGACGGCGUCCUCCGCACCAAGAACGUGGGGUGCGUUGCCUGAUGUAGCGGGUUGUCAGCGAUCUGCCAGUAUGCUCCUCGCCACAGGAUCGACUCGGCUAUCGUUCUCAACACCUGUGUCACCAGUCAAGGCCAUAGAGACUUGUGCAAUUCGGAGGCUAAGCCUUCUUGAUGGGACGAGUGCAGCCAUGAAGUUGGAGCGAAAGGCUGCGGAGGCGGAAUCGAGAGGCCUUGCGGAUGGAAAGCAUACACAAGAAGAUGUGCAUUGCAAGAAGAAGGAUCAGGAGGAGGAGGAGGAGGAGGAGGAAGAAGAAGCAGCUGAAGCACGCAUGGAAGAUGGAAGUGCAGUUGAGGUUUCUCGCAACCUGCCUGGGCUGCAAAAUACGGGCUAG